UAAGCUUUACAUGCAUGUGUAUUUAUAUUGCUUUUAUUUUGAAAGUGGGAUCCUGAGAGCAUCAAUGAAGAUACAGAGUUCAUUAUGGGAGUUAAAGCAAACAAGGCCCUUGGCUUUGCUGCAACAAGAGGAAAACUCUACUACAGACAUCCAGAACUUUUCAAGUACUCAGGGGACUCUGAUGAUAAACUGUGGCUUUAUGAACAGAAUGAACUGCCUAUCACGGGAGGCAAGGCAUUUCUUAUGAUAGCUGAUGACAUCAGGAAACUGGCUGUUCAUCAUGACUACAGGAACAACGAAGGUUUCAAUCUGGAGGAGAUCAAGGGCUUCAAAGUACCUCCCAGAAUGUUGGAGAAGAUGAAAAACCACAUGAGAAAAUUAAAGCGAGAGGCGACAGCUCGAUCUGAGAUCAGAGACAAAGUGAAGGAGGAACAAUCAGCUUCUGUAAAAGAAGAGAAAGGACUGGUAGAACAGACACAAUACAGUGAAACACCACCACAAACUACUGACAACAUCAAACAGGAACAGUGAAACAUUCACUGCUACAUGCUUCAGAGUGAAUAGCGACAACUUACUCAAUUAGAAUUCUGUGGUCUCAGUUGCAGCCAUAAGCGA